AGUGGCCACAGUCCCGGGUGAUAUAGAGAGAGGCACCAAACAGGCCAGUAAGUCUGACCUGGAGGAGAUCCUGCCAGUGUACAGGAAGGACAGUCACACCGAAGUGCACGCCGGGCGUCACAAAUACCCGGGACAGGGUGUCUACCUCCUCAAAUUUGAUAACUCCUACUCCAUUUGGAGGAAUAAAACUCUCUACUACCAGAUCCACUACAGCUCCUGAAGGGACAACAGCAGCGGGGAAGCUCUCCCCAUUCCCAUCAUCCAGAGAUAUUUUUUACCGGAGGAUUUCCACCUUAUCCACUCUUUGUUUUUUGUUCCUUGUGAGAAUUUGGAGUCUUGAAGAGAAGGUCAGCGUCUCACUGUUGAUAAGCGGCACUUGUGUGGGUUACAUUUGUACUUGUUUCUGCUGUGUUUGUGCCUGAAUCCGCUCAGUACAUGUGCACCCAUCUUUAUAUUUGAAUUUUAAAUUAUGUGACAUACACCCAAAUUUCUAUCUCUAUCCAUUAUAUAUGGCAUUUAUAUAUAUAUAUUUAUAGAGAGAGAGAGAGAGAGAGAGAGAGAAAACAGCCUGACAGAUCUACUGGGUCCAUUGGGUUUGCUUUCUGCUUUGUGAAAGUUACAGCUACUCAAAGCAUUCACAAUUUGGUUGGUUACACUCACCUCUUCUCUCUUUCCCCACCCCCGGGUCCCCCACUCUCACGUUCACACCUCUCAGCAAUUAGGAUCUCAAACCAGUUAAAGGAAAAGCUGGUGAAGAAGAGAGACAAGUGACCGUGGUAUUGGAGGCGUUCGAUAGAGG